AGCUCCCCAUGAAAUUGGGGCGGGGGGGAGGAGGAGCCCCGCCCCCACCACGCAACUCUCUAGCGAGAGAGCUCUGAGGCGCCCCAAUGCGCUCAGCGUAGCCCGCUCCAGCGAGCUCCAGGAGCUCGAAUUCACGCAGCACGUCCCCGUCCGGCUGGGACGCCAACAGCAGCCAACGGCCCCGCACCAGAGCUGAGCUCUCAGCGCCAGAGCGAGAAGGGGCGGGGCUUCUUCAGGGACGGGGCGGGGCUUCUGGCAGCUUCCCCGCCCUCCCCAGCAGAGAGGUUCGAGCUCAGGCCUGAUCGCCCCCCGCGGCGGGAAUGGUCUGGUCUGGUCCGGGCGCAAUCAUCCGCCUCUCGCCGCUUCACCUCGUCCGACAGUGACGGCUCUGCCCCGCCUGCGUGGGGCGACGCUGUGAGCGGCGCUCGAGCCCAGCGCCAACAUGGAGGCGCCCCCCGGGAACCCCGGCGGCUAUUUCCGAUGCACCAGCCGCUUUUGGAUGGGCGUCAUCGCCGUCUGCAUAGGCUACUUCGCUUGGACAGUCUUUUUACCUUCAACAAUACCCUACGAGAAUCUGGGACAACUUGGCCAUUUUACUAAAUAUUUAGUGGACAACCACCCCAAACUGCUGUAUAAUGGGUUUUGGCUUGCCUGGGGAAUUCAUAUAGCUGAAGCAUUGUACAGUAUCAAGUUAUGCAAGAUCAAAGGCAUCACUGACAGCUCUGUUCAACGUCGAUGGUUCAUCCAAACCUUCCUCUUUGGUGGGGAAACUGCAGCAUGGAACAGUGACAAGAUUUGCUUAAGGUCACACAGCAGAGCACAUCGCCAGUCCAACCAUUCCUUAAUACCCAGGUCACAAUGGAGCCUAGGAAGCUUACCUAAGAACUCUUUGUGAUUUGCUAAGGAAGAGGCUGAAGCUAUCAGCAACUGUUUAAUAUACGGCAGUGAAGGAACAGUCCUCUUACCAACAGCCUGAGACCUUAGAGACAACCCUCUUUGAGCUGCAGGUGUAGCUGAUUUAACUUCUUCUUCUGAGGGAACUCCUCUGGGACCUGGCUUCCCUCCAUCACUAGGGAAACUUGGAUGCAGCUGUGCUAUGACCAUAAGGUCAUAAGAUCUCUUUUAGAUCUUGAAGACUCUGUACUAGCUCUGACCAGGGACAAUUUGCAUAUGCAGCUCUCUGUUGUCUGCAAAGGCAGAGCAAACACUGAAUACAUCAAGCAGUAGAGAAAGUGCUUUUAUUUCAUCUCCAGAGUGCGGCUGGGAGGUAUGUACAGCUGGGGGUGGUGGUGGCAAGGAAAGACCUGAGCUGUGAUGCAGCAGAGGAUGGAAUGGUAGGCUUGGUAAGACUGACCCUGAGUUAGAGGUCAGAGUUUUUGUGGAGCAGGUUGACAGGAAAGUGAAGGGUUGCAAUUAGAGAUCUCAGUAUGUGUGGGGAAGGGAUAGGGAAUUAACUGAUUGGGGAAGGAGAGAAUUGAUGGAUUGGGGCUAGAGCCAUCUUAGAUGGAUCCAGAGGCUGGGUUGAUGGGAAAAGUGGGCUACUCCUCAGCAGAUGGUCUGGGAAAGGAUUUAGUUGGGAGCAGAGGAUUCACAGGGAUGAUUAUUUGAAGAUGUUUUUGAGAUUAGGAAGGAAGAGACAGAUGAAUUGGGUAAUUGAACAGGUGGAGCUGGGUGAGGCAAAGGACAGAUGGAAACAAAUGCUGGAUGGAUUGACAGCAGUGAGGCAAAACAAAUGAGAAAUGGAGAGAGGAGGCAAAAGAGCUGCAAAUCCCAACAAGGGCUGAGAGCAAGACAGCAGAGGUUAAGGAUGCCUUGGGAAAUAACAGACUAUGGGAGCAAGAAGACAGACCAGAAAAGGGAAUAGAGAG